CGCGCUCCGCUAGCCGUUCAUUUCCAAUGUCCGGUCAUGGUCCGGUGCGAGGAUAUACAUGAAGUAGCCAAGGGAAAAGACGCUUUCUAGAGCUCAACAGCGCGAAGUUUUGAAAUAUCUGUUGAGUUUAGCGUGAACUUAUGCAGCUUAUGCCGCAUAUGAAACAAUCUUACAAUUAUGGAAAGUCAGCUUAAAAUGUUGUCCAGAAACCGCGAACUUAUGUCGCUGGUGUUGAACUUGGCGGAAUCGGUUAACAAGCUAGCACUAAGCGUCGACAGCACUGCGAAACGCUGCAGUGAAGAAGUGGUAGAUUCUAUUCUUGCGAUAUUAGACACAGCUGAUAAAUAUGGAGAUGAAGCCUUGCAGGCUAGCCUGGAGCCAUUGAAACAUAAACUUAAGGUGGGAAUCGCGGAACUAAGGACUUGCCGUGAGGAAAAGCAGCGCCUACCGUUUAUAAAACAGUGUGCUGUACCUGUGGGCCUUGAGCUUCUUGUGUCUCUGGAAGAAUGUGAGAUUGCGGCUCUUGAAAAAGCUCAUGACACUGCCAUCGAAAGUGUACAAGAGUUGGAGUCAUUGUAUGGAAGUCAAGGUGUGGAUGUGUUCGCAAGAAUCCUAGAGGCCUUCAAAAAUGUGCUGCCAUUCUUGAAGAAAGCCCAGCAGAGGGUCUCCUCGCUGCCUCAACGAUGCCUCUUUGAUGGGUUUGUGGACACAGCAGCAGUACAGAAGUUUUACCUAUACUUUUUGGUGUCUGUUAGUGUGCUUCUUUCCAAAUAUCCAGGCAGCCGGCAUGUAAAGAUACUUUGGUGCUUUGCCAUUCGUCAAGCAGGCCUGUGGUUGUCGAAGUUGCGAGACUUCGCCUGCAGUGUUUCUUCCCACGAAUUCCUAGAUGGAUGGAUGGGUGCCUUUGUUGGGAAGGUGGAUGAGGCUCUGUACCACUUGGGCCACAAGUUGGAGGCUGACUUUUACUCUGCUGUGGAUGCAGUGACUAGCCAUGGAAUGUCAGUGUGCCACCUUUGUCCAGAAGGGGACAGGGACAAGCUGAUCACGGCUUACAAAGAGGUUCUCGAGUGUAAACUUGACCUGGAAAAAGCGUCGAGGUGCAAUCCCGGAAACAAUACAGAAUCAAAACGCAAAAAAAUGAAGGCCACAUUGGAAAGCUUUGAGGAGCUUGUGAACAUUGCUCUUGUGGAACUGAUCGUCCAUAACUACAUGAAGCCAAGUUCUUCUUUCUUGAGGCUCUUGCAAGUAGCCAGACAAGACCCGUUGAAGAAAGAGCGCAGUAACAGUGCAGCCAACCUGUCUGACCUCUACAAAAGUAAAGCAGAUGCUUUUUGUGAAUCUGUGGACACGACUUACAGCAUAGCACAUUUAGCUGCUGGUUGUACGACAGAUGUUAGGUCUGUCAGCAAAUUGUGGGAACACCUGCGUUUAAUGGAAUGGCUAGACCCGGAGCUGGUAGCAGCAGUCAUGUCACUGGUCAGUAGUAGCGAUGAAGGCCUCUCAGAUGUGCUGGAUAGGAUGCAGUGCGCAUGGAACUUUCAUGUUCAAGGCCUCUUCAAGAGCCUGCUUCACCUCACUGAGCCAACUGCUUUCUUUGUAUGCCUUGAUAUAUCACUGAAAAGGAGCAUUGCUUCUUUGGAUGACAGUUCGCUCAAUAACUGGGAAUCAGCUAAUGUCAUCAGUGAAAUCUGCACAAGGAUAAAUGCUGUGCAGGAUCUGACGGCAGUGGCAUUUGAGAGUAGCACAGUGCCAGAAAAGGUUCAGGCUGCCUUGAAGAACCUAAAAAUUGCUCGAAGAUCAUUGCAGCGAACACCACCAGAGAACAGACUCAAAGGGGCCAAGAUUGUUCGUGGCUGCGUGAAGGCUAUACAUGAAGAAAUUGAUAGGCACUUGGAGGUUGUUUCUCAGACACCAUCGCAUAUUCCGAGUCACUUGCUGACUGGGCUUACCACACCAAUGAUUAGCAGAUGUCCUCCAGCAGUCGAAAAGUCACUGGACCUCGAAAUAACAGCACUUUUGGAUGCAAUGGAGUCGCAAGCAAGUGAGAGUGCCAAGUCACCUUCCACAGAAGCUGGUCCUCCAAAGGGUAGCACUGGCACUAUGUUUUCUGCUGAAGAAUGCAGGCACACCAUGCUAUUGAAUAAGCACCCAGUGCGGCCACAAGUACCGAGAGCCCAUGCCAGCAUCAGUCACCAGUCAAACACCUUCACAAAAACUGGCUGGCGUGAGGCACUCAGUCGCUCCCUCUGGUACUCUGACAGAAGCCUGUGUGUUGGGAAUACAAGUUGCAAGAACUGGCUCCAGAACAACAGCACUAUAUAUGCACUCAUUCACGAAGCACAGCUGCUUGUCAAGGCCAUCUUGGAUGCUCAGGAAGAGGUGUGCUGUUCUGACUCUCUCUCAAGACUGGCUGAUCUUAGCCACAAGUUGGCAUCUGAAGUGGCUAGUGUGUGUUCCCAUAUAAAGGCUUCCGUGAACAGGACCAGGUUGCUUGUAGAUGUGGAGAAAGCACAAAGUGACAUUGAGUUCACUGCUCGUCAGAUGCAGCUGUUUUUGGAUCUUGGAAAGGAUAAACCUUUGGCCAACAUGACUGUUGCACCAUUUGCCCAGAAUUUCCUGCUAUUGGCAUCUGAAAUAUUGAAGGCACUUCCUAUUCUAUGUGGUCAGUCACGCGACGGCACUACAGUUGACUCACCUGUCAAGGUCACCUUGCUACAAAUUCACGAAAAGUUGUCCACAGAUGCUGCAAGUAAUGCAAGCAGCACAUCUGCAUGAAUUUUGUGAAUAUGUUACAAGAUCCCAUCAUGCUGCUUGUAUUCAUUAUUUGUGCCUUAAUAUGUAGUGCCUUAAUAUGUGCAUAGCAUGGAACCAUUCUUUGUUGGUAUACAGAAGCCACUAGAUUCUUCGUGUUGCAGAAACUUCCUAGUUUAUGUAGAGCUGGCUUCAUGGCCACAGUUGUUAGCCAGAAACAAUUGCUUGAAUUUGGGCAAUCUGCUACAUAUUUAAUUUUGCAGUUUCUUUGCUUUUUGCUUGUACUACAAUUUGUGGUAAUAUUACAGUGCUCUGAGUUCUACAUAGGCUUAAUUUUAUUUGAUUUCUGCACUCUGGGUUGCCUGUGAUUUGCUGUGAUGGCUGAUAAUUAUUUUGUAGGGAUUGUUCCUUUAAAUGAUGCUCUGUUGCUCUAGCUUUAAAUUUGUUAGAGAAAGAGCAUCAUUAUCGUAAACUUUUCUCUCAAUGUUGUAGCUCCAGCAGCUAGGACCAUAACAGUGCAAGGGACACUGAAGGCAAAUAUUUACUUGAGCUGAAGUGAUUGGUUAGUAUUCAAAUGUGUCUCAAGCAUAAUUUUUAAUUGAUGUCAUAGUUUUUGUUUGCAAGAUAAUGACGUAAAUAUAGAGUAGGAUUAGUGAUACCAUCGUGAAGAUAUCAUGUCAGAGCACAUUACAUAUGAUGUUUUUAUAACUGGCAAGUUGUAGUCAAUCACUGAUAAUAACAAAGCUAACUACAUUAAAUAAUGAGAAAAUGUUGGCUUGUUCUUUACUCACACUAAAGCAGGGACAGAUAAAGAAAGGGCAGGCACAAAGGCAUGCGUAAAAUACCAAUCACAGUGCAUUUCAGUUUGAAAGAAAAUGAAAAGCUCACUGAUGCUACAUCUUCACAUCGCUCCUCUUCGUGCCAUUUGUGGAAGUGUGCCUAUAUUCUGUGUGGACCUCUGACUUAAUACAGGCAGUAUAUCCUGUUGGAGCAUGACUCUGAGAUUUCCAGUGCAGCACAGGAGACCUGCAUUUAAGUCACCUCAUUUGUCGCUGGCAAUUUGAAUUUUGGAUUAAUUGUAUGGCCUUCUUUGGUUGUGAUUUUCUCUGCUGCUUUAUCGUAUGUUGACAUAAAGCAGUCAUUGUAAAACUUCAAUAUGGAUAAUCGGACAAUCUAGAUUAAUUUAAUGUUGGCCUUUAUUGUCCUUCCAAGGGAUGGCAAUAUCACACAGGGCAAUGUCUGUGUUGUUUCUGCAACUCAAUUGUGGCUCAUUGCUGAACAUCUUGAAAUGUUUGAGCUACACUGUGAUUCAUAUGUUGGGAGGGCUAUGCGGUCAUGAAAAGUGACUGGCUUAACAUUCUGGUGGACAGAUUGAAAACAAACAUAAUUGCAGUUAUCUUUACACAUUUAUAGAAGCAGAUGAUGAAUGUGUUGAUGUAUACACAUGAUCAUAACCAAAUUGUUUUCAGCUGCUUUACUAGUUGCUAGCCUUCAGCUCCAUAAGGUAAUUUGUACCAUAGGGAUAUCUGUUGCGUAGUAAUUUGAAACAAUGCAGACAUGUGAUAAUAAGUUGCCGUGCAUGUUAACUACACUUUUACAGCUUUUGUUAGCACUUGGUACUCACAGUGUCACUUCCACGUUCACUGCUGUUCUUAAUUUUUAUGUUCUUUAUGCUCGUUUAACAAUUUCCCACUGAGAUAUCAAAGAAAAGUGAGUGGCUGCACAUGGUAAUGGCUUUAAAGGGACACUAAAGAACAAAUCUGGUGCCGUAUUUUUUAUCACUCAACCUACUAUUUUACUUGGUGAAAGAAUGUUGGUUAUUACAUACCUGUUUUUAUAAUUUCAUUGUGAAAUGCCAGGUUUUUAGAGUUUAUUCACAAUUGUCAUAUUCAUACCAAUAAUUUCAUGAUUUUUAAUUCGCGUCUAGUUUAGAGCAAUACUGACUUUAGAAGGAUACAAAUACACUUGCUGACCGAUUUUUCAGAACCUGAUUUUUCUAACCUUUCAAUUAGUAUUUGGACCCUCCCACAGUAGCGACAUGAAGUUAUACAGCCUUGUAGUGUCCAAUUUGUUGCAACUGAAAAUUGUUGUUGAUCCGAUUGAUGUUAUAACAGUCCCAAUUGUGCCUCAUAUGUAUGUACUCAUAUUCAUGUUGGUUAAUUGAGUUGGAAUGUAUAAAUACCAAGUGGUCUUAAUAGGACGUCAAAUGCCACUUGGUCUUAAUGGGGCUGUAGAUGUAGCAGUUAGUCUCAAUUGGAAAUUGCAUGGAUGAGUAAUGUUGUGAAAUUACAAAACAACUAAUGAAAAUAAUAGCACAAUUGAAAUUAAGGUCCUCGGAUAAGAGGUAUUCGUACUGUAGUGUAGUUUGGUAUGGCAAAUGGAGCACAGCAUUUAGCCUUUCUUUGAGUCAAAAGAUCUGCCAUAAAACUUUACCUAAUUGUUUUGAAAGACUGGCACUGCUCAGUUACCUGUAAUUUGCUGGCAUGUAUGGCACUCAAGUUUGAUUACAUUUAGCAAAAUGUUGGAUAGUUCUUUGAAUUAGUGAAUUAGAAUUGUUGUCAAGUGCUCAAGCAUGUUUAAGCUUGUCAAAUUGAGUGCCAAGCUUUUGUAUUCCAUCAUGCUAUCAAUAUUAUAAGCAUAAAAAAAUAUUUUUUAGUGUCCAAUUGGUUAGUCUCAAUAAGAUAUGAGGGUGCUGACUGGUCCUAUUUGUGUUUUAAAAAUCAAUUGGUCCAAUUGAAAAUUGCAAGGCCUUUUUAUUAUAUUUAUUUAUUUAUUUAUCUUUGUGUGUGUUCAUGCAUGAAUGUGGGACUUGGGCUGUUUGCUUGCCGCAUGGCAACUAAUGAAAGCAGGUCAUGGGAUGCUGCUGUUACCAUGGUGCCAUGUAACAAAUGAGUUGUUGUGCAACAAUGGGAAUUGGGUUAAUGUGAGCUACUUGGGGGAGAGCGUGUUUUAACGUUUUAACGGCAUUGAAAAGACUACGCUCCAAUGCUCUGUUGUCUUUGCACACCCAGGAUGCCCAGGAUAUGAAAAGAGCCAUUUGUACAUACUUUCCUUCAGGACAUCUCUUGUCUUGCAUUCCUUACUCCCAGAAUAAAAGCUGCCUCAUCAACACUGCAGCUCCAACUCGCAGUGAAGUUUAGUGAAAUUUAGUGAAGAAGUGCGCCCUCAUGUGCCAUAUCGCAUUCAGUUGCAGAUGCAAGGAAUGUAAUCGCCUUGGGUAGGAUAAGUGCAAGCUGUGUCAAAGGUACUACAGAUGCAGUUGUUUCAUUCACCAAAUUUCAAGCUUCAGCUGAGCUGCACAGUGGAGCUCCUAUGGCACUGCCGGGGUUCGCCUCAUCCUUGCGAGCACAGUGGGAGUCAGUUAAAAUGUGCAUUACCCACUGUUGCCACAUCUCAGAUCAAUCAGCCAGUCAUCACCACCAUUGCCCAGAAUGAAAAAUUAGACAAGUUGCUGGCCUGCCAGAGAUGUAUGUACAUAGGCAGGAUCAAUGCUGUGCGACAGAACUGCAUAAAAGUUCCAAACUUCAGCAAAUUCUUGAGCUCGUUUAAUGUUACCGCAGAGGUCAGCAGGAAGGGAGAACUACAUUUCAGCACAGGUUACUGCAAAGCCUGCUUUAAUGUUUUGGGCGUGUGUGUGCCUCAGAAAGAAGAUACCAUGGCAUACAUGUUGUGUAUACUCACUGUUUUAUGCUGACUGUCGCUGUGUGGGAUCAUGUUGACUUGGUGCAUGUCUCCUGGUUUGCUAUGCUAUGACAUUGAGGCUUUUCCCUCUGCUCUGCAUAGGUCAUCACUUUUUUACUGAGAGCCAAAAAGGACGCUAAAGUUAGCAUGCAGCUGCACAUUGUAGUAAACUUAUAAUCCAUUGGGUGUGACCGUACAAUGAAUGUUGCGAUUCCGUAUGUGCUUUCUGCAUUUUUUAAAGUGUUGUGCAUAUUCGCCAAAGUGGCACAGUGGCUAUGGCAUUGUGCUGCUGAGCAUGAGGUUGUGGGUUCAAAUCGCCACAGGCACCAGCGAAAUAGCUCUAAAGGCCUGUCAGUACUCUUAUUAGGCGUAUCCGUGCUCGUACUAUGAUAGGAAACGGCGGAUGCACGUGUGUAUAAUUAAAAAAAAACAUACCAUGUCCCGUGACAAUUGCCCCGUUCUAACUUCUGGUAUGCUUCACUGCGCAAGAGUGCUGCAUCUGGGCGAAGACGACUUUCAGGAACCGGCAUUAUGCAACGCGCCAUGCUUUCCGUGCUCCGAUGCCUUUGGCGAGGAUCACAGGGGCGGAGUCAGUGCCAUUGCUAACAGCAGCGAAUGGUUUCCAUGAAACACGCGGCAUUGAACAGCAAGAAGCUUGGUAGCGAACGUCGAAGCAGCUAGGCCUAGCGUUGCCGCGGUGUUGCUACCGCUGCAUGCGGAUCUGUGUGCGAGACAUUGACUCCAUGGGUUACAUGGUGGUGCCGCGAAGGCGUCCGAAUUUCGGGGCAUGCCCGAAAAAUUCGGGAUCCGGAAAAUGGGUCUUUGACUAUACAGGACGCUCGUCUCUAACAGAAGUAAUCGGUGAUGCGCGCCAGCACACACUUACGCACAAAUUUUUGCCACGGUUUUUUUUUUCUUAGCGCGCAGCGUUGGGAGGUCUCUCCGACGCUCUUCCUCUAUGGCGGGGUUAGAGGAAUGCUGGUCGAAGGUGCCGCCGCGUGAUUUUGCGCGGUGCUGAGAGCAUUGUCGGAGCGCAGCAUGUUCGAAUUAACCGUCGCAAAUGCUUGUGCGUUCGAAUUACUGGGCGUUUUUGCCCAUUGAAACACAUAACUGACGGGACUACAGCAUCAGUUCGAAUAAACCGAAAGUUCGAAUUAAGCGUAUUCGAAAUAACGAAAUUCAACUGUAAUUGUGAAUGUAAAAAAACUACGCCACAGUGCAGAUGAUAAAUGUAUGUGUUGUAAUCAUGAAGUUGCCAACUUGCUUGUUGUGUAUUAUUCCUUUGUUCUUCAAUCAAACUUCGUCAUAACGAAAUCGCAUCAGAGACAAAAAUAAUUGUUUGUUGUAUCCAGUAUUUGUUAUAAGCAUAUAUUCCUUGCAUGCUGAUAUUGGCAAGAAACAUUUUAUAUUUACUGUGAUAUCCAGUAAUUUAUUAUAUUUGUAUUUGCUAUAUUGAAGUUCAACUGCUAUUUGAUGUCAUUUAUUAGUGGCAACAUUUUUAUGAUUCCUUUAAUUUCCGUCCAUUAGAUAUAUAUGUUUUGAUACUUUGCUAUUGUCCAGUGCCUUAACAGGUGGUCUUUCUGCCAACCAGUUGUGUAACGGAAUAAGAAUAAACCAAUAUUUCUUA